UUGGCUGUUUCCGUGCUUUCCUCUUGUACCGGUCCACCAGCCUGUUUCCUUGUUGUUGUGCUGAUGCUGUCUGUGUGUGUGUGUGUGUGUGUGUGUGUGUGUGUGUGUGUUAUUUAAAGGGGAAAGGAGCUGUGUCUUUGUGGAUUUCUCAGCGCUUGCUGGAGGAGGACCAGGAGGAGCACCAGGAGGAGUAUCAGGAGGAGGAUCAGGAGGAGGGUGGGUGAGGGAGCGGAGCUCGAGGUAUCAGGUUUUUGUGGAGAGCAUCUUCACCGGUGGAGAGAGAGGAUUCAAGCAGCUCCAUACUGAUGCUGAGUCAGAGACAGGUGGAUCUGUGGGCCUUUGUUUCUGGAGCCUCGGGUGAAGAUGGAGGAGCUGGAACACACCUGUCCUCAUCCUCGGACGGCUCUCACAGAACCCGCCAUAUUUGCCCAGGAGACGAGCUGUGAGUGUCGAGCUCCCCAUGAGAAGCUGAGCGUGGAACAGGCUCGACGUGGCACUCCCGUGGACAGGCCGGUGCGCGUCUACGCAGAUGGGAUUUUUGAUCUUUUCCACUCCGGCCACGCCCGAGCGCUGAUGCAGGCCAAGAACCUCUUCCCCAACACGUACCUGAUAGUCGGAGUUUGCAGCGACGAACUCACUCACAAGUACAAGGGCUUCACGGUUAUGACGGAGGAGGAGCGUUACGAAGCGUUACGGCACUGUCGCUACGUGGACGAGGUGGUGCGAGACGCUCCCUGGACCCUCACGCAGGAGUUCCUGGAGAAACACAAGAUCGACUUUGUGGCGCAUGAUGAUAUCCCAUACUCCUCGGCUGGAUCUGAGGAUGUGUACAAACAUAUAAAGGAGGCAGGGAUGUUUGUGCCCACUCAAAGGACAGAAGGGAUUUCCACAUCCGACCUGAUCACUCGUAUCGUAAGAGAUUACGACGUUUACGCCCGACGCAACCUGGAGCGAGGAUACACGGCCAAGGAGCUGAACGUCAGCUACAUCAACGAGAAGAAGUACCGUCUGCAGAACCAGGUGGACAGGAUGAAGGAGAAGGUGCGGACGGUGGAGGAAAAAUCCAAACACUUUGUGUACCGUGUGGAGGAGAAGAGCCACGACCUUAUACAGAAAUGGGAGGAGAAGUCACGCGAGUUUAUUGGGAACUUCUUGGAACUCUUCGGUCCCGAUGGCACAUGGAAGCAGAUGUUUCAGGACCGCAGUGGCCGUAUGAUCCAGGCGUUCUCUCCUCGCGGUUCUCCCAGCAGCAGUCCUCCCAGGGAUUUCUCUCCAUCCCGCUCUCCGUCUCCUCCGUCCCGCUGGGCCAUGCCGAGAACCUCACCUCCCUCUUCUCCCAAAGGCGCCUCGGCCUCCAUCAGCAGCAUGAGCGAGGGAGAUGAGGACGAGAAGUGAGAGCGCGGACAAGGAGCAAGGACUCAUGCACCCAAAACACCUCACACACACACACCUUUCUUCAUUACCUGCACACUCCAGCAGUGACGAGCUUCACAAGUCUCAUCCCAGGAAAACAAAAACAAAACAAAAUGCGUAAAUACGUUGUAUGCAAUACCAGAUCGAGCGUGUCCUCUUUCUGAUUUUAACAAGUUCAUAUGAAAGCCAUUGAUUUAUUCGCUUCAGCAGAGAGGAGAUGAAGGUGAUGAGUGUGUGUAUAUGUGUAUGUGUAUGUGUGUGUGUAUGUGUGAUUUGCCUUUUCUUGCUCAGGUUUGACUGAAAUGUAAAGACUGUCCAUGUAAAGUACUGUACAUCUCUGUCUGAGGUUUUUAUCUGCAUAUUUAAGGACAGAGACACUUUAAGCUAUUUAUUAUUCUUGUUGGUGUCUGUUAUAAUCCUUCACAUCAUUAAAGGAACAGUUUGGACAAAAAAAAAAACAAACGCAAAACGUCCACGACGUAGUAGAUCGACCGAGACAUGUUCGCUGUCUGAUGUUUGCUUCUUUAGCUCCGAGUUCUGUUUCACGGUCACGGUGAUCCACCGUUUCACCAAAGCGGAACCUGAAUGGAGAUGUUCUCAACUGUGUGCAAAUUAAUUCUAUGGAAAUCCAAACGAUCGGCUAGGUCGAUUCCUCGGACCGAUCCUACGCUUCGUGUGGUGCGACGUUUCUUCAGUUCAUCGCUCACACAUACACACACCUUGGUUCUUACCUGCCAAUAGUUCCCACAAAAAAAAUUAUAAAAAAGGAAGAAAACCUUAUAACUGUGGUUUCAUCUUAUCCUGUCGUACAAUACGAGCUCACGUUAAACGUGAGGAAGAAGAAUAACGCUUGGAAAGAAGCAGCAGAGAGUCUUUGGUGCUUUUGGUGCGUGAGCGUAGCAAGAGAGUUAACUCGCUUUGCUAAUCUAAUCUAAUCUUAUCUGAGGACAU